CUAUAAAACCGCAGCUACGCCAAAGCCUGUGUCAGAGCAGGAAGAACAACAGAGCUGCAAAAUGAAGUGGUCUCUGUUUUCAGUGCUUCUCUUGAUCUCAAUACUGAAGGACACAUUGGGAGAGAGAUUCUUCAUCUCAGCCCCCAGUGUCUUUCAUGUGGGUGCCAAAGAGAAAGUGCUAGUCCAGAUGGGAGGUCAAUACCUCAACAAAUGUGUUCAUGUAUACCUGGAAGACAACGGGAAACUUAUGUCUGAAAAGAAAGGGACAAGAUGUAGUUCAGAGAGUGACAUCAACAUUGUUGAGCUAAUGAUAGACAGAGACAAAUGGUCACAAAGCAAGAGACGAUCUUCAGAAAAACCAUACCUUGAGCUUGUGGCAGAGAUCGUCGAUGAACGGAAAAGGAAAGUAACAAAGGUUCUGGUUUCAGAACACAGGGGAUAUAUCUUUAUACAAACUGAUCAGCCAAUGUACAACCCAACACAGAAAGUGAAGUACAGGAUUUUCACUCUUAAUCACAUGUUUAGACCACAUGAAGCAACUGUCUACAUAUCAGUGUUUAAUGCUGCCGGAAACAGAGUAAUGAAGACCCGGAGGAAAAUAGAUGGAGGGAUUUUCAAAGGCCAUUUCCCAAUACCGAGUGUCUCUGAGUCGGGCACUUUCAAGAUCACAGCACACUAUGAGGAUGAUGAAGCGAAGGCUGCUGUACGAGAGUUCAAAGUUCAAAAGUUUGUUUUACCGAGUUUUGAAGUGAGCAUUGAAACAGAACGGCGUUACGUUUUGCUGAAUGAUCAACAGUUUGAUUUCACCAUUUCAGCAAUGUAUUCAUAUGGUGAAAGAGUCAAAGGUGCUUACCACUGCCUGUUUGGUUUUCUGACAAAAGGUCAAAAAGCACCUCACAUCAUCAGUGGCCUGGAACUGACUGGUUCGGUUAUAGACGGAAGAGCAACAGCUACUCUUCAGCUAAAAGACAUUGAUUGGAAACAGCUGAACCAAACCCUCUCUGACUUGCAGAACAGUGGAUCUCAGCUUUACGUGGGAGUAUUUGUCACCAACAUUCAAAAUGGUGAAGUACAAGAGGAAAAACUUUACCUUCCCAUCUUUCCUCAUAAAUACAGCAUAGACCUGUCUCGAACUCGGUCGUAUGUUAUUCCUCGAUAUCCAGUUGAAGUGGUGGCGGUUGUUCGAUACCCUGACGGCACCCCUGCGGUUGGUGUGCCAGUAAAUAUUUCCAUAGGAUCCAAACAGGCUUCAGACAUCACUAAUGAGUAUGGGGGAGUGUAUUCUGUCUUUAAUUUUAAUCCUACCUCUUCGGUUACAGUUGAUGUUUCAGCAGAUGGUCUUCAAAAGAGCAAAAUUAUUAAACCUGCUUCAUCACCAACAGGAAGUUAUCUUUACAUAUCACUUACCAACAAGGUUUACCAUGUGGGUGAAACCCUAUCUCUAACAUUUCGCACAUCAACUGUACCAAACAAUAGUGGAUACAUUUAUUACAUGGUUUUAAGCCGUGGGAUGAUAAUAACAAAAGGCUCGCUUCUCCAUGGUACACUCACUGCAGGCAAUGUGUUGAUAACGGCUGACAUGGUUCCGUUUUUCCGUCUAAUUGGUUACUAUCAUGACGACAAUGGGAACAUCAUUGCUGACUCUGUGUGGGUCGAUGUCACGGAUGAAUGUGAGAUAAAAGUCACAGUUCAACAUAAGAGUCAGCCUUUACCAGGGAGACAAGUUAAGCUGGAAAUAGAUUUACAUGGUCAGACAGCUAAAGUUGCUUUGCUAGGUGUGGAUAAGGCAUUCUAUGGUCUCAAAGCUGAUAAUAAAUUGACAGCCAAACAGAUAUUUUCUACCAUGGCUUCAUAUGACCUUGGCUGUACUUAUAGUGGAGGUUCUGAUCCAACAGAAGUGCUCAUUGAUGCUGGCCUUUCUUUUUCUUCUCAAGCCAAAUCAGCAUGGAGGCAUGAUUUUAGGUGCGGAUCACAACAUGUGAGAUCAAGACGUGCUGUGGACCUUCAAGAAGAAAAGAGGAAAUUGGCUUUAGAGUUUGAAGAUGCGGAGCUGCAAAUCUGUUGUACACACGCAUUUUCUCACAUUCCAAUGAAUGAAUAUACAUGUGAAACCAGAUCGCGCAGGGUCCUUCUAGUGAAAAACAAUCAGACGUGUGCAGAUGCUUUCUUAAAGUGCUGCCUUGCAGCUGAGAAGCUGAGGAAGAAAAAGAUGCGAGAGGAUGUUCAGAUUGGACUUGGAAGGACUGCAACAACAGCAGCGAUUGAAGAUUUCUUUUUGGAUACUGCUGAUCAAUAUGUUCGACAUUUUUUCCCCCCAAGCUUUGAAUUCAAAGAGUUUUCGGUAACUGGAAAGAAAAGUCACUUUUUGGCGCUCCCUGACUCUAUCACCACAUGGGAAAUUCAAGUAGUCACUUUAUCUCCAGAAACAGGCCUGUGUGUUGUCAAGCCUCAUGAGAUCAGGGCUUUUAAAGAGUCAUUUGUGUCUCUGAGGCUGCCCUACUCAGUGAAAAGGUUUGAACAACUGUCUAUUUCACCUGUUAUCUACAACUAUGGUGAAAACGAUUUACGGGUGGCAGUACAUAUGGAACAAACUGAAGGACUCUGCUCCCCUGCUUCCGCCACCACCACCUCCUUCACUGAAAUCACUGUAAAGAACCACUCUUCUCAGUUUGUUUCCUUUUCAGUUGUCCCCAUGGUAACUGGUUCACUGCCAAUUAAAAUACGUCUAUAUGAUAUUAGAGGGGAUAUGGGAAUAGAUGCAUUGGAGAAAAACUUAAACGUAAAGACUGAGGGAUUAAUACAGAGAAUGGAAAAAACAGAUGUAUUUUAUUUAGAAGGGCAGAGUUCACGGACUAUACAUGUUGAUGGAACGUUGCCAGACAACACAGUCCCCGACUCCAACUCCAAUAUAUUCGUUUCAAUGGAAGGGAAUGGAUUUGGGAGAUCAACUGUUAAGAAUCUCCUUUCUCCAGAAAAAGUUUUGGAGCUCAUUGUACUACCUACAGGGUGCUUAGAACAGACAACGAUGAGACUAACACCGACAAUUUUAGCCAUGCGCUACCUUGACUUGAGUGACCAGUGGUUUGACCUAAAGGCUGGGGCCCGAGAUGAUGCCUUUGAUCAAAUUGAAUAUGGCUAUACAAGGCUUCUAACAUAUAAGAAAUUCGAUGGAGCCUAUCGAGGAUUUUAUACUGUGGCUUCCACUAACUGGGGAACUGCUCUUGUUGUAAAAGUUCUGUCACUGGUGGCGGAGCGUCAAACAGAAGGUGACGGAGAACGGGGUCGUCUACUCAAAGUCGUACAACCAAAAGAAAUUCAAGACCCUGUUAAAUACUUGAUGUCAGUGCAGGAGAGUGAUGGCUCAUUCAAAGACCCAGAACCUAUGUUACACAGAAAUGUCCUGAAAGGGAAAGACCAAGAUGCCUCCAUGACUGCUUUCAUCACUCUUGCAUUGAUCCGGUCCCUUCCAUUUCACACAUCUGAAAAUCGAAAUAAAGUGGAAGCAUCCAUAAGAAAGGCAACGACGUAUCUCGCAUCCCAACUUGAAGAGCUGAGCCAUACCUAUGCAGUGGCUCUAACAGCGUAUUGCCUAUCAGUUGACCAGCCAAAGGAGAGCAGUCAGCUACGUGCAUGGGAGAAACUUCAAUCAAUGGUGACAACAGACGAGAAUGGUUGCUACAUGUGGACAAAUAGCACCAAUCAAGAAGCCAUCACAAUUGAGACAACAGCAUACGCUCUUCUAGCUGCAGUGAAAAAUAACAACACUCAAUGGGCAAACCUAACAGCCUGCUGGUUAGUCCGCCAAGAAAACUAUAAAGGGGGCUACCGGUCGACUCAGGACACCAACAUGGCGCUGGAGGCCUUGUCAGAAUAUGAGCUAGCAAAGACUAUUGAUUCUAUCGUUGAUGUAACAGCAGAGUUCACAACCCCAGAAAAAAAUGACAUUCUUGGGCUUGAACUGAAAAACGCAGCAGAAAGAGUGGAAACAGACCUGCAGAAACUUAGAGGGAAAAACAUUACAGUAGAUUUGAGAGGACAAGGAAAUAUCAAGCUGAAAAUUGUAAAGGUUUACCAUCUCUUGGACCCAGAGGACGAUUGUUCCAAACUCAAUAUCAGUGUCAAAGUGGAGGGAAAAGUAAAAUACACUGAAAAGAUCAUAGAAAAUUAUGACUACUACGACGAUUAUGAUUCUUCUGAUGGAAAGAAGAUCAGAGAAGCACGAUCAGCGAUUGAGCGGUUUGAUGCUCUCACACGAAGCAGAAGAGAUCUUGAAAAUGAUGUAAAUUCAGACAGCAUUGUUACUUACACUGUCUGUGUCAGUUAUAACCCAAACAGCCCUCUUACUGGAAUGGGCAUUGCAGACAUCACAUUACUAAGUGGAUUUGAAGUGAAAGUUGAAGACCUGGAAAGGCUUAAAGAGCCCCCAGAGCAAUACAUCAGUCAUUAUGAGCUAUCAUCUGGAAGACUGCUGAUGUACUUCAAUAAGCUGUAUGAAUCCAGGGAAUGUGUGAGUUUUACUGCUAAUCAGAUGGUGCUAAUGGGCCUUCUACAGCCUGCCCCAGCUGUCUUCUAUGAUUACUAUGAACCUGAUGUAAAGUGCACCGUGUUCUACUCGCCCUCACGAAGAAGCAAGUUGGUCUCCACCUUGUGCUCCGAGGAUGUUUGCCAGUGUGCAGAAAGACCCUGUCAUAAAGUACAAGAGACCUUCAAAUCUAUCCGACAUAAAAAAAUAAGAAAGAGCACUCGUUUUGAACAUGCAUGCUUCUCCCCCCGAGUGGAUUAUGCUUACAUUUUAGAAAUCCAGGAUAUUUCUGUCAAGAGCAACUUUGAGCUGUACACCACUAAAGUCGUCGACGUCCUCAAAUUUCAUGGAGACCUGCUUGUGACAGUCAACAGUGUUCGGGUGUUUGCCAAAAGGCUUCAGUGCAAGGGGCAGUUAGAAUUAGGAAGACAGUAUCUGAUUAUGGGUAGAGAUGGUUCCACUAAAGACCUAACUGGAAACAUGCGGUAUCUGUUGGAAUCAAACACCUGGGUGGAAAAGAAACCACUCGAUACCGACUGUACAAAAUCUACAAAUGUACGUUCUUGUAAUGAGUUCAAUGAAUUUAUUGAAGAAUACAAAACCGAUGGCUGCAGACAGUAAAUGUGACUCAUGAAUCUGUUAACCUUUACAAUUUACACAUUACAACUGAUGGAUAAGUUACCUUUUGUAGCAUAAAAAACAUAUCACAAACUGAAAAAAAGUAAUAAUCACACUAAAAGUAAAUGACUUGUUAGAGCGCCACUUUACCUUUUCUAGUUAACGCAUUGUUUUCAUUUCCUCAUGUUGGAGUUAUAUGAUAUGUAGCUGAAAUAAACAGAACUUCUUGUCAACAAAAAA